AUGCGCAACAAAAUGUCGAACCCCAAAGAUCAUGAUAAUCAUCGACGGAACGAUUUGAAAAGCUUGCCAUCCGAAGUGCUGCUCAAAGCUAGAAGCACUCUCGUAUCUCUUGUAAAGUCCAAACAAGAGUCGCAGCGAAAACCAUCGAAAGAACCGAAGAAGAAAGAGAGGCUAAAAAGCUCCAAAUCAGAACCAGACUUCGAUAGAAAAGUUAAACAUAGAAGUCGUAUAGAUGAACCUCGUGACUACGUUAUUCCAAGACCGAGACCGUUGUCAGUUGGUGCAAUGAAACGUUAUGAAGACGAAACCGAUUUCCACUGCGCUAACUAUAAAGAGCCAUCACUAUAUUCUAAAGAGACAAAUUUGCGGAGUCAGUUCAAUUCAACUGAUGACGUAUGUGUGCAGUCACGACUAGUGAUUCCAGUAGUGGAAAGACUUGACCAAGAAAUUAGUGAGAGGCCGCGAAAGAAACUCUCUUUUCGUGAACCGGAAAUCGUAGGCAGUGCGAGUGGUACUUUAGGACGUUCUAGCAAACUCAUGGGUGUUAACAGCUUGACUAGAAGGCCUAACAGGCAAUCGUUGCGUUCGGAAAUACAUUCAAGUUUAGAUCGUUUGGAUUUUGAUUUGGAGAGCCAAGCCAUGAAAAUCGUCCGCACCGUCGGCCAAGCCUUCGAAGUUUGUCACAAGAUGCAAGGAAACACUCAAGAUAACCCUGUGCCCUCCACUUCUUCGGCUCCUGACGAUGUGGUUACCAUCGAACACGUCCGCGAAUGCCCAGCCGCAAGAGAGCCGGCUUCAGACUGUGGUGCCUCGGGAUCAGGUGGAGCUUCCUCGUCGAAAACCGCUGAUGAGCCGAGGGGGACCCAGAACUGGAACAAGCACAUUGACCCCCUACCACCGCCGCCAAAGAAAGAAGGAAAACGCUCUGUACAGGUUUCAAAACCAGUACCCAGUAUCAAUCUUCCGGACCUGCCGGAAUGCGUCACCAAAGUAGAAGCGACCAGCCCGCCGGAGGGUGACGCUACAACACCGCUCAGCGCGCAACACCAGUUGCAACUGCUACAUGAGCGCCUCGAGCAACAGUCGCAACAAACACGCGCAGCUGUCGCGCAACUGCUGCUGUUUCGCGACCAGCUCGCCGCGGAGCAAGCGGCACGAUGCGAAGCCCAAGCUCGGACCCACCAACUGCUGGUUCACAAUAAAGAAUUGUUGGAGCACAUCGCAGCACUCGUCGCACAUUUGCAAGAGAAAGAGAAGGGCAACCAUCGUCCAAUCAACGCUCAGCAACUGACACUGUUGCCACAGAUACAACCUGGAGGAAACGAAGCUGUCAAAACUGACAACGCUGCAGUCUCUAAUGGAAAUUGUCAACCGUUUAACAGCGACGAUCUGAUCCACUUCAUCUCUCAAAGUAACAAGAUGAACCAAAACGUUGAAAAUAACAACAUAAAUCCAUCAAACAACAAUCUCCCCGCAAAUGCUACUGACAAGCCAAAUGGUUCCAGCUCAACGCCAAAUUUCGGAAACAUGACUAAUGAACAAAUGCAAAAUUACUUGAUAUCGAAAUUUCAAGAAAUGACCGUUGCUAACGUAAUUGCUACGGAUAAAAAGACCAGCGAAAAUCAAUAUUUCUUUCAAAAUAGUAAGGCGUUCCCAAAUAUUCCGCCAUUGAUUAACCAUUACAGUGACUCUGAGCUGGCAAGUCUUCUUAAUCAACAAGGUUGUGCAGAUAAAUCUAGUUCCAGCGAUGAGUUCGGCAAUAUGGCUCAGGCUAUGAGUAUUGGACAUUCCGAAAACUCUCUAUAUAGUAGCACUUCAACGUCAAAAGACUCAUCUGAUAGUUCAACCUCUGAUGAGAUUCUGCCAUAUAUAAUGCCAUUGUCACACAAUGGGACUUUAACUGCGACUGGAGAAGAUGGUCGUGUUAGGGUCAUUGUGCCUGUAAGUCCAUCUCCAAGUACGUCAGGUGUAGGCGAACCUCCAGCAGAAGUAAAGCAGACGCCCACAGGAGCAACCUUGAAGGUCCCAGGAGCUGAAGCACCAACUGCACCGAUCACUCGCUCGACCAGCGAAAAAUUGUCUUCGAGCGCAAAGAUCGACCGUUGGUUCUCACUGCUGCCGCCGCCUCUCUCCAGACCCGAGAGUGGUUUCGUAUCUGGAGUUGAAGACUGCACCGAGCACGCACUCACCGAAGCCAAAAGCCUCCUUCUGCAUCUGGGCGCAAAGAAGAAACGGCGGCUACUGAUACCACGCUUCGCUAGACGGAAAAUACUGAUAAAUAAACAUACUUUACUAUAAUACCUUCUCAACACGAUCACCAUGUUAACCAAUUCGGUUAUUCGCGCAACCUGUGAAUCGUAAAAAGCGUUGAUAAUUUAAGUCCUCUUAAAUUUUGAGGUCUUUUCUAAGACAAUGCACUAUGCGUUUGUGCUAUCGAUUUGGCCCUAAUAUGAUUUGAGGCUUUGUAAAUGGUACCGCCAAAGCUGUACCGCUAUUCGCUUACUUUCCAAUACGAUAUUCACUAAAUCUAGUACUAUAGUACCAAUUGGGGGGUUGGGGGGUUGGGGUUAUUUACAUAAUAUAAACUACCAUGAGUACCCCAUUCCAACUGCUCCCCCAUCUCAGAGAGCAAGUACCGAUCGAUCUCAGGUCCUGGUGUUUUUUGGGCUUUACUUUGAAUAUUAAAGUAAAACCGGUUUCACCGUUUCCAUUCUGUUAAAGAAAAUUGAUUUGGGAACCACAGAAUUAAGAACAUGUAUGCAUCACUACUCACUUUAUACUAUUUAGCAUGUGACAGUGAUUAUUUUACCUCUAAUGUUCUAAGUGUUCACCAUAAAGUGGGAAAAUGGUAUAAAAAUUACGAAAUUGCAACAUUCCGCGGGCGUAAAGUGAAACGUGCGCGGGGCGUUUCACAAUGGACUGCAUACAAUAACGGCUGAAAAAGGAUUCUGUAUUCUGUAUGUUCUUAAUACAAUGUUGGGAACGAUACAUAAAACGAAUCUUUAAUCGUUGCAAGUUUAAACAUGAUAAUCUAAAAUAUAACACUUAUCAUAUAAAUACAAAGUUCUU